CGAACCGACCACCUUUUUCGACACACCUUUGACGACGAGUACCAGAGAUCCCGACCGCUUUUUUUGUCACGAGAUCGACAAAUACGCACACGCAAGUCUUCCGAGAUGCCUUCCGAAACCACCGAUAUCAAGCAGUUCCUCGAGAUUGCCCGGAGAAAGGAUGCCAAAGGUGCCCGACUCAUGAAAUCCUCCAAGAGCAAGGACAUCAAGAUGAAGAUUCGAUGCAAGAGAUACCUCUACACUUUGAUCCUCAAGGAUAGCGACAAGGCCGACAAGAUCAAGCAGAGUUUGCCUCCCACCAUGCCGUUCCAAGAGAUCAGCAAGAAGAACAAAAAGGCCAAGAAGGCAUAGAUGAAAAGUCACCUUCCCGUGGUACGGAGGACGGGUGGUUGGUCCGGUCUGGUCAAUACGAUUCCGAGAAAAGCCCGCGACGAGAGGACAUCAAAUCCAAUGCCUGAGAGGCAGCGUUGCAAACAGUGAAUUUGAAAGAUCUUGACUUUCGCUCGGACGCGACCCCGAUUCUCGCAUUCGACUCGUCGGCGACUUCGACCCCCCCCUUUUUGUAUCACACCAGGGCACGCGAUAUUCGGUUUCGCAGUCGCGGGAUAUGCAGACAGACAGAAGGAGGGGAGCGUUUACCUAGCUAGGUACUCAAAAAGCUAGACAAAGAAAAAAUCCGAAAUGAAACCCAAGUCAAAGGAAAAGAGAAAAUAUCACGGCCAAGAAGUAAAUGAGGACUUUCUUCACGGGUC